AUGGUCAUUGGCUUAAUUCUGGAUGACGGCGUGGUAAAGGUCCACCCGCCUGUUGCACGCGCCUUGCUAGAACUCUCAGCUGUGCUUCAAGCACAGGGCUACGAGGUUGUGGUAUGGGGCCAAUCUGACCAUGCGGGAUGCAUUGAGAUUAUGGAUCUUUUCUACAGGGUCGAUGGAGAUGAGGAAAUUUGUAGCCGCUACCGGUGA